CGACGCCGUGUCCGCCGUCGUCGAACACGACCGCCUUCUUGCGCCGUCAGUUGCUGCUCAUUAUUAUUUCCGUGACAACGAUGAAGCGCAACACAUGUCUGUGGGUGGUUCUCGCCACUUACCUGGUCCAACAAUGCUCCUGUCAGCAACAACUGAAGUCAUCCAACAUACAGGAAGACCCAUGCAAAGCCAAAAAUAAGGUGGUACCGGACGCGGCUUACUGCGACCGUUAUUGGGAAUGCGUGGAUGGUCAGCCUGAGCUGUACGACUGUCCGAAUGGUCUGGUUUACGCGGGCAAGCACAGAGGUGUCACCGAGGGUUGUGACUACCCGUGGAGGGCAGACUACUGCGAUGGCAAAACUCAAGCCAACGGUCCAAUAGCCAGGGAACACUGCGAUUGGCUGUACGGCAUAUUCGGUCACGAGACGUCGUGCACGCGGUACUGGACUUGCUGGAACAGCACGGCCACCGAACAGCUGUGCAUCGGCGGGCUGCUGUACAACGAAAAAUCUCAUUCCUGCGACUGGCCCGAGAACGUCGAGGGAUGCCAGAAACACCCUCUGUGCAACGAAGACGCCAACGGAAACGUGCCACUGGGAAAGUCGUGCAACAGGUACUGGCAAUGCCAGGGAGGUUACCCAAGGCUGCAGAGGUGUCCAGCCAUGUUGGUGUUCGAUAGGCGCACUCUGAGGUGCGUUGUGCCACCCACCGAGGACUGCGAGGUUCCGACUACACCUGCCCCGUCGCCAGACGAUUUGCCGUCCAAUGAAGAUGACGGCGAAGAGAAUGUGCCGCAACAAGCCAAGGCAACCGCUCCCCCGGCACCACAGCGCCAGCAAAAGCGAAAUCAGCAACAACAGCAACAGCAACAGCAACCGCAACAACAGCAACAGCAACAACAGCAACCGCAGCUUCAUCAGAGGCAAGGCGGUCCGGCGCCGCAGAGACAGCAGUUCCAGCAGCAGCAGCAGCAACCACAACAACUACAACAACAGCAACAGUUGCCUGCCGCUACACAACAACAGCAGAUACCGCAACAACAGUUCCAGCAACAACCACGGGCUCAAUUCCAGCAACCCGCGGCCAGGGCUGUUCAACAACCGCAACAACAACAGCAGCAGCAGCAGCAGCAACAGCAGCAACAGUUUGUUCCACAACAGCGGGCUCAACCACAACAGUUCCAACUGCCCCCGUUGUCGGAACAACAACAACAGCAACAGCACGCCGUGCAGAGGAGAGAAAACGGUGCAGUGGUAUCGUACAGCGGCGUCGAAGACGACAACGGUGACGACGACGUCGACGUACCGGUCGCGUUUUCCGAACACUAAACACAAUAAUUGCACAGUACAAUUAACGUCAAUACACCUACACACACCUACACACUUAGAAUAUCAUAAUAUAUAGUUCAAAACGAAUAAUAUUAUAGUACAUCGAAAAUAUUAUCGAGUUCGGUUCCUCCGUCAGAAAUGAUUUUGUUCGCGAAAUCCUACAGAAUUUAUUUUCCGUUAGUAUAAGGUGAUUUUUCGAGGGUAGUUAAGCACAAACGUAUCAAAUGCGCAUCAUUGAAAAAAUUACACGUCAGUAUCAUAUAUAUCGAUUUGUCAAUUAUGGAAAUCGCGUGUUCGAUGACUGCGGUCGAGAGUCUGAAUAUGAUAUACAAUUUUGCAGCCCUUACACAGAGGUCACAUAAUGAAAAAAAUUCAAAGGUAGAAGUGCUAUCGACGAAUUACUAAUGUUGACAAUCGUUACAUAUUUUCUAAUCUACACCGUUUACCCGGGGGUCCGUUUCAAAAAUCAUAACUUUUCUCCGUCGUUAAAACUCGCUUACGGUCGGUAAACAUUUUAAUAAGUCAUCUCUACAGGUGUCUUUCGUUCAAAUCAAUCAUCGGUCACCGUUUCAUUAUAUUCGAGUCGGUAAAAACAAAAUAUAAAAUUAUUAAAACGCUUAAGACGAAACGAAUUUAUUGUUCAGGAAACGCGUGCGUCGGACAUCCUCGAGAAAUUGCCCCGUACAACACGUCAUUUAUAUGAUAUAAUAAUAUAGUUUAGUCUUUUAAGAGUGUAACGUUUAGAUGUUAUUCGUGUUGAUACAAAUUUGAAAUCGCUUGCCAAAGGACUGAGUUUAUAACGCAAUUUUAUUUUCUAAUGAUAAACAAUAACUUAAUAUACGUUGAAAUGUUUGUAUAACUGUUUCCGUCAAAUAUAAUUAGUAUAAUAUAUAAAUUAUAUACUCGUACGUGCUUGCAUGAAAAUAAAAAUAUAUAAUAUGUAUGUAAGUGUAAUAUAUUAUAGUCGCACAAUAUUUUGUACGAAUUUUUUUUUUUAUAAAUGUUGCUAUUGUUCUAACGGAAAUUAUAUUAUUAUGAUUACAUUAUUGUUUAUUAUUAAGAUUUAAUAUUGCCAUUUAAAGGUAAGUUUUAAUGUUUAGUAUAAUAUAAUAUAAAAUAUAAAUAUAAUAUAAUAUUGUACGCUGAGCACUUAUUUCCCAUAAUAUAGUGUCGAUAUACAUUUAAGAAUCUAUAUGUAACAUCGUAAAGCAUGUAUUAUUGUGAAUUACAUUGUUUGCAAUUAUUAAAAUAAACGAAUGCUUUUAUUAUUUUUUAAA